UUUGGUCCGCCGGCUGUGCCGUAGCCGGGGCUCUCACGCAUGCGCAGUGCAAUGUGCCCGGCCAGUGUCAUGGUGCGCUGUAUGAGUCUGGGCCCGGUGGUGAGGGCCUCUGGCCGGGCCCUGAGUACGGCGGUGGGGAGACAACAGAAGAGGGCGCUGGCGGCGGACACGGCGGAUCAAGAUCACGUCACAAGGAAGAACUUUGCAGACGUCCAAAGGGAAAGAGAAGAACAAGCCAAACAAUCAAUAUUAAUAAGCUGUCCCUCUAAAAUUAAUGAGAAGAAAUUUUUGAAGCAUUUAUCACGACAUGGAGAAGUUGCCAAUCACUUCUUUUUUGACAGCUAUGGCACGUAUGCACUUGUGGAGUUUGUGAAUAGAGAAAGUAUUAAUUCACUUCUUGCUACUACCAAAAUUCCUGACGAUGAAGAUACCUGUGUUGUGCCAUUUAAAUCUAGAUUUAUUAAAAUCAAGUCGCAUGAAUUGGAUCAGAAUCUUGUCAGUUGCGCCCCACAGGCUUCUGUGUCUGCACCCCAGUUAUUAAAGAAACUAUGCACAGCUAAAAAUAUUGUGGAUCAAGCACAUAUAAUCUUAGAUGAACUUCAGUUAACGGAGGAAAGUAUAAGAGUUCGUUACCUGGUCAGCUCUUUAGUCAGUGACGUUGCCACGGCCUACUUCCCCGAAGCCAGUGUUCAUCUCUUUGGCUCCAGUGUCAAUUCCUUUGGAAAGAUGGGGUGUGACUUGGACCUGUCCUUAGAUUUGAAUAGUUUAAAAGAUGUGACUGGAAAGGCUGCUGGUUCGUUAGUCACAGAGUAUUGGAUGAGACGGGUCUCCUCUGGAAGAGUAGCCCAGCAGAAAGUUCUUUCUGUCAUUGGUGAAAGUAUUGAAAGUUUUGGCCCUGGGUGCACAGAAGUGCAGAAAAUCCUAGGUGCGCGCUGUCCUCUGGUACGCUUUUACCACCAGUCCACGGGUCUUCACUGUGACCUCACGGUAGACAACGGAAUUGCGCUGAGAAGCUCAGAGCUUUUGUACAUAUUUGGGAACAUUGAUAGUCGAGUGCGACCUCUUGUCUUCACUUUGCGAUGUUGGGCUCGUGUGCAUGGGAUCACAAGCUCUGUGUCUGGACACUGGAUCACAAACUUCUCCCUCACCACGAUGAUCUUAUUCUUCUUACAGAACAGAAAUCCACCUGUUAUCCCAACUCUAGAUCAGCUGACGAAUCUUGCAGGUAAAAAGGACAAAUGCAUCAUUGAAGACAAUGACUGCACAUUUGUCAGUGACCUGAGCAAAAUUCAGCCAUCGGCAAACACCGAACCACUAGAUAAGCUGCUUGUUGAGUUUCUGGAGUUUUAUGGAAAUUUUGACUUCAGCAAGAAUUGUGUAGAUAUUCGCAAGGGUGUAGUGAAAAACAAGACAGAUUCCUCUCCACUGUGCAUCCAGAAUCCUUUUGAACAGUCACUGAACAUAAGUAAGAAUGUCAACAAGUCUCAGCUGGAGCGAUUUGUCCAUUUGGUUCAGGAAAGCUCCUGGACCCUGCAAGAGCAAGCUGGUCAGUCACCGGAAAGUGGGAAAGAGACCUGGGGACUUGCCUCAAUACUGCUCACUGCUGGCUCUGAGGGAGCAUCCAGCUCAAAGAAAAGACUGGCCAGUAAUAGGAUUAGCAGCCUACUAGAGUCCCUGAGAUCCAAUAAUAACAACAGGAGUACGACAACCGGGAAGCCUAAGGCAGUACAGUGACCCCUGGUAUUGCCGUGUUUGUGCAUAUUGCACUCAGAUCUUGGGAUUUACCCAUCUACUGAAUCCUGAAGAAUGUCAGUGUUUCACGUACAAGUGAUUGAUAAAGUACGGUUUGACAUCAACCCACUACACACUGUUUUGAAUUUGUAAACUUUAAAUAUCUUUUUUUAUAUUUGAAUCAGAUUGGAUUAUAUGAGCCCAAUAAAAUGUGUUGGGAACAGA